AUGGCACCUUCCGAGGACGAGCUCAACAAGAUUGCCGCGGACGCGGAGCGCGAUCUGAACUCCUACCAGGCCAAGCAAGGUCUCAACAAUGUCUCAGUAGACGAUGCUGGCGUAGACAGCAUUGUUGAGAAUAAGUUUCCAGGCGCCGAAGUGAAAACCGGUACCGAGAUCAGCACAAAUGCUGGUUACAACCGAAGGAUACCUCCGGAGGAGGGCGGUGGGCUGGACGACCGCGGGAGACAAACCACCGGCAAACAUUUCGAAGGCACCGGUGGUCCAGAGGAUAAGGUCGCACAGGCACAGCAAGAUCGCGGCGGCUAUAACGACAACGAUGUUAUUCCGAAGAAAGCCAUCUGA